GCGCCCUUUCAGCAGCAUUUUGCUGCCGAGAUCGGUUACCGGACCAUCUAUAUGCUUGGCCAGGCAGCCCGCCAGCAUGGGCCGCCUCCGGAAUGAGUCCGGGAAGCUCUUCGGCCUGACGUUCCUGUCCGUCUCGGGGCGGGCGUCAGGACUACUCUCUCGGCCAGCGGACGGCAGCUCCUUGCUGGAAGCCUCUGCGCGCCAGGACCUGAGCCCCUUCGGCCAUGAUGGUGCGGCCAGCAUCCAGGAGGCCGAGAUGGGCCUCUUCUACGGCCGCGGCGGCCGGUCCCUCGGCAGCGGCGGACGAGUCUGACGUGGACAGCAGCCUGAGCCAGACCCAUGAGUACUCCCAGCUCAUCAGCCAGUGGUCUGACGACAACCGCAGCCUCGUGAAGCCCGGCUGCCUGGAAGCCUGCGAGGCCGCGAAGGCGCAGUGCAAGGAAAAGGCGUGCGACGGCGUGGAGCUGCAGGAGCCACCGUUCAAGCAGUGCUCGCCCCCGGGGGCCGAGAGGCCUCGCAUGCUGUACGCGAAGGGCUGCAGCGGCUCCACGUGGGUGCAGAAGGUGGCGCGCGAGCUGAUGAAGCUGCACGGCUUCUGCGUCUCGCCCGUGGCCUACGAGCCCCUCAACCCGACCAGCGACGUCAAGCGCCUCUUCUCCUACGACAACGCCACCAUCGGGGACCGGGCCCGCGACGCGGAUGCCUGGGACUGCACGGUGGAGCUCGUGCGCCGCCGCGGCCGCGCCCGCCGGGCCUUCGUCGAUCUGACGCUCGCAGCCCGAGUGCUCGCCGUCCUGCCGCGCCUGCCCUCCAGCAGGCGCACUCCUUUUCCGCCCACUGCUCCCUCGGAGCAGGCCGACGCUGGGCGUGCGCCCCACGUCACCAGCUUGGCACGGGCUCCCAGCUGGUGGCGGCGUGGGCCGCGCGGUGCUGCUCUGCGGCAGGCCUUCCACGAAGGUGUCUUGCCGACACCGUUCGGGCUGCGGGGACUCACGUGCGGGCGGGCUCGCAGAAGCUUCACGAUUCUCGUCUCCUGCAGCUGCGGCCGCGCCACAUCCUUCGCUUUGGCUCGCGCUGCGGCCGCUCCGCCGCUGCCGGCCCCCGGCACCUGCUUGGUCGGGGAGUGCGGCGAGGCGGCCCGCAAAGGACGCCGACGCCCGGCGCCCGCCUCGCAGGCCCUCGCCGUGGCGUCGGGCUCGGUCGCGAGGCAGCCUGGCCAGGAGCCGAGGACCUCCCAGCAGCUGCCCCCGAACCAGCGACGCUUCUUCGCCGCCCUCUGGCCCUCGGCCCGCCGCCGCCGCAGGCGACGCCCGUGCCCGCCCGCCGCGACGGCGCCCUGCGCACGGGGCCGCUGCGGCCGGUGGCUGCCCGCAGCAGCGCGCGUGGGGCUGCUGGCGCAGGACGGCGGGCGCCGCCGCCGCUGCGACCGCUGCCGCCGCCGUCGGGCGCCGCUGCCCGCCGCCGCCGCCGUUAGCACGAGCGCCGCCGCUCGGAGCGGGCCGGAGGUGCCGGCGGCCGCUGGGCGCGCGCCGCCUCCGCUGCGCGGCUCCGCGGCGGCCUGCCGCGCCCGCCCCGCGCGGCGCGGGCCCGCGCCCGCGCCCGAGCCGCCGCCGCGGCGCUCGGUCCCCCCCCCCCCCGCGGCGGCGCGGCUGUGGGGCGGGAGCGCCACCUGGAGCGCUCUCGGCGCCGUCGCCGACGGGCCCUCGAGCAGAUUGCGCCGCCUCGUGCCAGACACCGCGGUAGCCCAGGCCGCGGACCCGCCGUGGCAGGGCAACCACUUUCCUUGCGCCCGCGCGGUGCUCCUGGACCAGCACCACGUUGCAGUCGAAGGCGCUCUAACCCCGUCCGCCGCUUGGCUGGGGAAGACCUCGGACACCGAGAUCGCCUGCACGUCGUCCUCCUGCUGCUUCACCGUGCUGCAGGCGAGGGAUGCGGCCCAGCGGGUGCCCACUCCCCCGCUGGGCAUGGCGCGGCCUGACGCCGACAGCCUCUGCCGGGCCGCGGCCGCGCCGCCCAAGCCGGCGUCGGCGCCCGAGGCGUCGCCGCGCCACGGGGCGGCUGGCGGCUCCUUCGGGAUGCGGGCGGCGGAGUGCCUGCUGGGCCAGUCGUCCGCGCCGUGUGGCAAGGGAAAGGGCACGGGCAAAGGCAAGGGCAAGGGCAAAGGACAGGAUCUGCGGGAGCUGGCGACGAUAGAUUGGAACGGCACGGAGAUCAAGGAGGCGUCCAAGGACGUCAGCUUUCCUCACCCGAGCGUGCAGGAGCGCACCGUGGAGGACUGCAGGAGAAUCUGGGCCAGCCAGGGUAUCCGCUGCCACUUUCACGGGCGAGAGGACGCUGUGGCCGAGGACGAGUGGGACCUGCCGAAGCCCAUCGUGGACUUCGAGGAGGCGGCAUUCCCCGACUGGGCGACCGAUGAGCUGCGAGCCCGCGGUUGGAAGAGUCCCACGCCGAUCCAGUCGCAGGCCUGGCCCACAGCGGUGCGCGGCCACGACAUCAUCGGCGUGGCCGAGACAGGCAGCGGCAAAACGAUGGCCUACGUCCUUCCGAUGAUCAUGCACGUGCGAGUGCAGUCCGAGAUCAAACCGGGAGAGGGCCCUGCCGGGUUGGUCUUGGUGCCGAGCCGCGAGCUCGCUGUUCAGGUGGCCGAGCAGUACAAGUGGUUCGAGCGGCACACGGGCAUCAAGUGCACGAACGUGUUUGAAUAACACGGCUUCGCGGGGGCACGGCUGGGCAAGCGUUCCGUUAGUUUUUGGGACGUGUCGGGGGUCUCUGGGGGCUG